GCUAUUUAAAACAAUAGGCGCUGGUUUAUACCUGAUACAAAGUUAUUUCCUGCACGCAGUGAACAAUAUCUUUGCUUCUACAACUGUUCAAUAACAAAUCCACAAGAAAAAAAGACUACAUCGAUUUGCAAUGGAGAAGAUACCACGUGUGAAUAUGGGGGAACGUGAUAGACAGGUAUACCCUGCUCCAAGGAACCCACCUCAGGAUUACUCACUGCCGGGGGGCCACCCUGCAAAUGAACCAAAUCAAGGCUCCACAGGGGCUUCUCCACAAUCGUUCAUUGAUGCACCUCCGGAAUAUCAAAAUGAAUUUGCCAAUGAAACAGCAAAGAACUUCUCAGAGAAAGUCAUAAGGAGAGCUUUCAUUAGGAAAGUGUAUCUCACCUUAGUGGUUCAAUUGUUAAUCACCAUAGGAAUAAUCUGCAUGUUUCUUUAUUGGAAGCCAGGAAAGCACAAUUGGAACCGACUUAUCUGUCAUUCGGAUGAGGCAAAGUUCGGUGGCACUCAAGGGAAACAAUGGAACGUGAAACAGCUUGGUCUUUCACAACAGCUACAAUGUUUUGGGAAAAGUAUGUGUGCCAAGAAUGAAGAGGAAAUUUCUGAUUUGAAGGAACAACACAAUGACAAACUGGAGCACAUGGAAACUGAAAUAAGAACACAGUACAAUCAACAGGUGGAAAUAUUUGGAGAGGAGUCUACCCAGUAUGCUGGGGGAGAUCCCACUUUGAGGGUCCUGAAUGAAGUUAUCUUAACAGAUGUAUUACAAGAGAAUGAAGGGCAAAAGAGUGAAUCUAGUCAAGUUAUACAUCUUCUAAAGAAACAAUAUGAAGAUCGCAUGCAGGAAGAAAUAGCUAAGGUAAUCGUACACAUGUCUGUACAGUUUGCUCAAAAGACAGAGAUGGCUAGGAUGACAAGGGACCUGCAAGAAGAGCCUAAUCCAUGUCAAAUAAGUGGAGAGUUAGAGAAUGAAGUGGAGCAGAGGUUGAAUACUAUGAAGCAACAUCUCCAGAUUCAAUUUGAUGCAGACAGAAAAAGAUUAGAAAAUCUGUUUUCAGAAGAAAAAGAGGAACUUCAGAAUUCCUUGAAACAGAAGGAUGCUGAAAUUCAAGCUAUGCAAAGACGGUUGGAGAAUUACAAGACAGAAUAUAAAUUGGAAAAUGAUGGUAUAGUUACAGAUGUGCCUUUGCAGGAAAAAGUGUUGAAAGCUAACCAGCAAUUGUACAAAGAUUCUUGUGUUCAAGAUCAUUCAAGUCUGAAUUUGAAGGAAAUUAGUAAUGAAAGUAAAGUAGAAACUACUGAAUUAGAGAUGCAUGAAGUUGCACAGGAGAGACUAGAGGACUUGAGGCAGGAUCUUGUUCGACAAGAUCAGGAACAUCAGCAAUCAGUAGAAACUUUACGACAAUUUCACGCACUACAGCUAGAACGACUGCAUGAUGAACAAGAGCAACUGUUGGCUGAGGUGAAAAAACUGAAGGAGCAACUUGCAGAGAAUGGUUCUGUUUAUAAUGAGAAACUGACAUUAGAAAAUGAAAGAAUGUUUGCAGAACUGGAAAAGCUUAAAAGUCAUAAUGCAACUGGAAAAGAAAGACGCUCUCUGGGAAUCCACAACAGUACACAGACAGAGAUGAGUGAAACAGAAAACCAGUACAAAUCCAACGGACCUCCUCGUGAUCCAAAAAGCGUACAACCAAGUGAAGAAAAAUCUGAAGAAGCAGAUGAAAAUGCCCUCACAAAACAAAGAAAUAGUUUAAAAAAGACCAAUCAGAGUCUCUUGAAAGUGUUGUCAGAAGUGGUUAAGACUACAGCGGCUGCAGAAGAAACCAUAAAUAGGCAUGUUUCAGCUUUUGUGGAGAGAUCCAUUAAGGGACAACCUUCUAUGAGAACACCUUUGUGGGAGCAAGACACACAAGAAUCCAUUGAAGCACUGCAGUCUUUCAGAUUCCAGAACCUUGGAACUGUAGAAGAAGAGCAUGGAUAUGAUACAGGAGGGGAUGAUAAUAGUAUCUGGCCAGGAGGAAUGACUGGUGCUGCACAUGAAAGUCUGGAGCUGUCUCACCGUUUCACAGAGAGUAUUUUCACUAGUGGAGAACUGGAUCCUGAGACUGAAGAGCUUGUACUAAAUGUGGGAGCCCGUCUGCAAACAGCUUUAGAAAAGUUGUUGGAAGCUAUCACUGAAACUACCCAUCAGCUUGAUCAUGCCAGGGCCACUCAGACGGACCUCAUGCGAAAAUCUGUCCGAAGGAAAACUGAGAUUGAUGAUUUACGUAAACGCCAAGAAGAACUACUUGAGAGAAUUAAUGAAGAGCAGAAGGCUAGGGAGCAGUUGGCAUUGGAACUUCAUAAAGCAGAAGGCAUCAUUGAUGGUUACACAGAGGAGAAAGCUAGCCUAGAAAAGCUAAUUCGGGAGAAAACCGAGAUCCAGAAUCAGAUUGCACAGGAACUCCAACAUACAAGUAGUCGUCUCCAUGAGCUAGAAGAGGAGCGACAACAAGUUCAUCAAGAGAAGGAAUUAAUCACAAGACAACAGGUUGCAAUGAAAGAAAAUGCAGGAACUGUGGAGCUCCGCCUAGUUGAAGCUGCAGAUGCAGCACCAGAAGCAGAUCUGUUGGAGGAGACGGAAAAACUUAUGAAGGAAAAACACGAAGUGCAGCGUCAGGCAGAGAAAGAACAAAAUGACUUGACCAAACAGGUGAAAAUGCUAGAAAGUGAAUUAGAGGAGCAGAUGAACACAAUGAUAGAGAUGGAACAGGAAAAGAAUGCUGAGAUUCUGGAUCACCAGCAGCAAAUUGUAGCCCUGGAAAAACAACUGGAGAAAAACAGAAAAUUCUUGGAUGAACAGGCAGUAGACCGUGAGCAGGAGAGAGACGUGUUUCAGCAAGAGAUACUUAAAUUAGAGCAACAACUGAAAACUCCACAGAGGGUCCAGCCUAUCACUGAUCAAAGAAAUAGAGAGAUGGAAAGUCUUGCAGAUCAAUUGAAAGAUAAGACUGACCGGUGUAGUGAACUUCUGCUUGCCAAAGAACAACUUCAGAGAGAUGUACAAGAACGAAAUGAAGAAAUUGAAAAAAUGGAAAACCGAGUUAGAGAACUGGAAUAUGCAUUGAUCAGUACCACUUAUCCUUUGGAAAAGAAGAAUGAAGAAAGAAAUUCACACUUUGCCUUAGAAAUCCAAGGAGACAAUAUGCUUCAGAUACAGCUGCAAGCAGAGCGUGAUGCUUUAGAGCGAAAGGAGAAGGAGAUUGCAAACCUGGAAGAACAGUUGGAGCAGUUUAGGGAAGAGCUAUUAAAUAAGAAUGAAGAAGUUCAGCAGUUGCUUAUGCAGUUAGAAAUUCAGAAGAAAGAAGCUGCCACCCAGUUGCAAGAGAUUCAACAUGAAAACAAGCGACUUGAGGAUGAGGUGGACAGCUUGCAAUCAUCUGACGAUCAUUGCUUAUUUGUUGGGAAUUUGACUCAAACCCUAAAGGAAAGAGAUCAAGAAAUAGAAAAACUCAGUGAACAAAUUAUAAAGUUGGAACAGCAACUUGAACUCCCUUCUGACAAGAAGAUGACUCAGAAAAAGAAUGAAGAACUGGAAGCCCAAGUAGAAUUCCUAAAAUGUGAUCAACAACGCCUGAAAAAGUAUCACGAGGAAGAGGUUGAACAAUUAAAUGAAGUAAUAGAAAAGUUGCAGCUGGAACUGACAAAAGUAACACCAUUGGAAUUAGUUCCUUCUGAAGAUGCAGAAAAUUUGAAACUUCAGCUUGAUAAGGUGACAGAAGAAAAAGAGCUGCUGCAGCAACAAAUGGAAACGCUAAAUGAAGAGUUAAUACUGUCACAGCAGAAAGUAGAACAAAACAGAAUGUUGCAAUCUCAGGGAUUAGAAUUCAUAAAACCCCAAGUAGAGAAAAAGAAUACUUUUCCCGAACGUGUCCAAGAUCCUAUCAGUAGUGGGGAAUUCCGAGUUCAGGGGUUACAGGCAACCAUUGAAAAGAAAGAGAAAGAGUUAGAUUCAUGUUACCUUCAAAUACAAAACCUAAAGGAUCAAGCCCACACGAAAACUAAAGAACAUGAAAACCAAGUACUCACUCUGGAAGAGACUGUCAGGGAAAAAGUAGCAACAAUUCUAGUGAGCCAAGCACAGUUAAAGGCAGUGCAACAGCAAAUAAGGAUACACGUUGAACAGCAAAGGGGUCACAUUAAAGAAACAGAAACUGUUUCAAUUGGACUGAAGGAAACACCUUUGGAACAACUAGAGGGAAGAGAAAAACCACAGACAUGGCCUGUAGAAUCCGAAGAUACCAACCAAAGAAUUCUAGAGAAGCAAGACAUGAUAAAUAUUGAGCAUCAAACAGAAGAAUUAAUCAAGUUAAGAGAGCAGUUAACUGAGGUGCAAGAGCAGUUAAUUGAUCUCCAAAAAGAACUUGAAUUGGAAAGGAAAGUGCUUUCAAUUACUCGAAAAGAAGCCAGAGAAAAAGAAGAGAAAUUAAUUGAGUUGCAUCAAAUGUUAGAAGGGAAGAAAGAACAAACAAAAGAACAAGACAGUGGAGGACAGAUUUCAGCAUCAUUAAUUGCUGAUGAAAAGCAAGUUUCAUGCUUAUUAACUCCUGUUCAACAAGGUACUACCUCAGUAACCAACUUGGUUUUGGAACUGGAGCAGGUCAAAGCUGAAGCUGAAGUAACUAAAGAACAAUUAAAUAACUACAGAAACCAGACUGAGAAACUCCAAGAAGAUUUGCAGGCAAAAGCACUAGCUAUAAUAAAUCUUCAGGAAAACCUCAACGUUGCAAAGGAAGCCUUACGCAAAGAGAAAGGUACCCAUUUGGAAUAUGAAGAUCAAACUCCUCAGAAAUGCGCUACCAAAGAAAGACCAAUAAAAAGCCUGGUAGACUCCACAGUCCAAAGCAAAAUAUUGAUUUCUGAUAUUACUGGGGCAACAUUGACCACAAAUGCAGAAGAGCAAACUAAUUUUCAACCUUCAUAUAUUAGUUCUUUUGACAAAGUUACAAAAGUGAGUCAAAACUCUGAAGAACUUAAUCAACUACAAGAACUCCAUGGUGUAGAAAUAGCCAAACUGGAAGCUAAAUAUUCUGCUGAAAUAGAAGCCUUGAUAAGGGACCACACAACACAAAUGAAUACACUGAGAGAAGAAUAUGAUGCUCUCAAAACAGGAAUUAAUAACUCACGACUGGCUCAUCUUGGUCAACCAGAACCAUCAAUCACAUUACAACUCAGGGAUAACAGUGUCAGUGAUAGCCGGUCUGGGAGUCCAAGAACUUUUGACAUUCCUCCUGAAGGACAGGAAUGCGGAAAUAUGUUUACAGAAAAUAGAAGAGUAAACCAUGUAUCUCAUACAACUCUUAGGGAGGGUACAGAGAAUCUUCCUGAUAAAAUAAAGUCUUUACUUCAUGAGGUACAUCAAGAGGGUAUACAGGUAUUGACCCUUUCAAAAUCCCCCUACUUUGAAGGACAACCACCGCCUCUGGAAAGUCACUCAGGCAGUUGGUUUCAGGAAAGAUGGGAACUUUUGAAUAUGGUACAGUCACUUAAAGAUGUACUUGCCAAUGUUCAGGGCACUGGAGAAACCAAGGCUUUAUCUCCUGAAAACAUCACAGACUGGCGGCGUGAACUUCUCCAAGCUGUUCAACAUGCUUUUAGUAAAGAACGAGAUGUUUUAAUGGUUGCUCUUCGUGCACAAGCUUCAUCACUGAGUAGUAUGGAUGCGGUGACAUUAUUAAACUUACUAAAAGAACAGGAAACACGGAGGAGUGCCGAUAUGGAGCAUCUAAUGACUGCAGAUAGGAAUAGUAUGAUGAUGGAGAUACGUGAACUGUGGUCAUAUCUGCAAGGGAUCCAACAGGGUGACAAGAUGCCCAUAACUGUGCAAGAACGAAUUGCACAAAGAAGUGAAGUGGAACUACUGGGAAAAAAUUUACAAGCAAAGGAGGCUCAAGUUCUCGAGUUACAGAUGGAAUUGAAUACAGUAAAGGAAAGGGGAGCUGAACUCCAAGACCAACUGAAUUUGGAGAAGAUAGUAGUGGCAGAGAUGAAAAAUGAGCUUUCUCAAACUAAAUUGGAGCUUGAAACAACACUCAGGACACAACAUAAGCACUUGAAAGAUUUAGAGAUGCUAAGAGUGGAAUUAACUGAUAAGGCAGCUGAAGUCGAUAUGUUAAGUGAUGUGCUGGCAAAUGAACAGAAGAAGGCAAGGGAACUGCAGUGGGCGUUGGAAAAAGAACAGUGUAAGGUAAAUAGAAAAGAAGAACAAGACCGAGAGGAAUUGGAGGUUAGUAUACUUUUGUUGUCAAUCACAUAUGAAUCAAAGAAGCAGUGUUUAAUAUUUUCUGACUGCCGUCUCCUCUUGCCCUCUCUCCAAUCCCAGAUUGAUUUAAUUGCUUUAUCAACUAAAAUUUACUGCAGUCCAUGA